CCAAACAGAGUUAACUGUCCUUGGGGUUUUUGUGAUGUGAUAACUUUGAUAUAACUUUUAUAUAUUACAGGAAACUAAUGAUGUUAUAACUUUUAUAUUUUUAGGAAACUGAUUAUAUAAAAAUUCUCCAUCAAUGUGUUGUAUGUGAUGAGAUUUUUCAACAAUAUGAUGAUUUAGAAAAACACAAUAAGAUGCAUGUUAAAGAUGUGAAAACUGCUGAUGUAGAUGAAUAUUGUCAUAUUAAAGAAGAGAUAACUGAUGAUGUAGUUGGAUAUUGUCAUAUUAAAGAAGAGAAAACUGAUGAUGUAGAUGAAUAUUGUCAUGUUAAAGAAGAGAAAACUGAAGAUAUUGAAACUGUUUAUCAGUGUAAUUUGUGUGAUGAAGAAUUUAAUUUAGAAACUGAUUUAGAAAAACACUGUGAAAUACAUGUUAGUCAGCAAGGGCAAACAGGGGAAAAACCUUAUAAAUGUGAUGUUUGUAGUAAAUCAUUUACUAAUAGAAGUCAACUACAGAGACACAUCAGAAUUCAUACAGGUGAAAAACCUUAUAAAUGUGAUGUUUGUAGUAAAUCAUUUUGUAAGAAAAGUAAUCUAAAGAGCCAUAUUAGACUUCAUAUUGGAGAAAAACCUUAUAAAUGUGGUUUUUGUGGUAAAUCAUUUAUUCAGAAUUAUAGACUGAAGCACCACUUUAGAAUUCAUGCAGGAGAAAUACAUGUUAGUCGAACUGGACAAAGACCUUAUAAAUGUGAUGUUUGUGGUAAAUCCUUCAAUUUGAAAGGUAAUCUACAACAACACAUCAGAAUUCAUACUGAAAUAAAACCUUAUCAAUGUGAUUAUUGUGGUAAAUCAUUUAGACAGAAUUAUAAUCUGCAGCACCACUUGAGAAUUCACACUAGAGAAAAACCCUAUAAAUGUGAUGUUUGUGAUAAAUCAUUUAGUCAGAGUGGAACUCUACAGAACCACAUGAGAAUACAUACUGGAACAAAACCUUAUAAAUGUGAUGUUUGUAGUAAAUCAUUUAAUCAGAAUAGUCAUCUACAGACACACAUGAGAACUCAUUCCGGAAAAAAACCAUAUAAAUGUGAUGUUUGUAGUAAAUCAUUUUGUAAAAAGUAUAAUCUAACGGAGCAUAUUAGAAUUCAUACAGGGGAAAAACCUUAUAAAUGUGAUGUUUGUAGUAAAUCAUUUAAUCAGAGUAGAAAUCUACAGACACACAUGAGAACUCAUUCCGGAGAAAAAACCAUAUCAAUGUGAUGUUUGUCGUAAAUCAUUCAGACAAAAAUAUACUUUAGAAGUACAUGCAAGAACUCAUACUAGUGAAAAACCUUAUAAAUGUGAUGUUUGUAGUAAAUCAUUUAUUUCCAAUGGGAAUUUGCAGAAACACAUAAAAAUUCAUACUAGAGCCUGAUAUUUGUAGUAAAUCAUUGACUUUCAGAAUUUCUACUAACGAGGUGCCUAAAAACACAUGCAGAUGAAAAACCUUGUUAAUUUGAUGUUUAUAGUAAAUAAUUUACAGAGACACAUGAGAAUUCAUACUGAAGAAAAACCCUGUUAAUUUGUUAAUGUAAUGUUUGUAGUAAAUCAUUUAAACUGUUAUUGUAGUUUGGGAGUCUCAGUGGC